AUGCCCCAGGCGGGCCUCGCGGGCGCACUGGGCGCCCUCGCGCUUGGGGCGCUUGCAGCGACCGCUUCCAAGCCGGCGCCCGGGCCCGUGAGUGCGCCUGCGCGGCGGCUGGUGGUCUCGUUCGUCGUCGGUCUCGAGGGCACGGGCCACCACUGGUACUACGCCUUUUGGGCUCAGCUGGCCGCGCUGGCUCUCAACGAGGUGGCCUGCGACCAACGCCUCGCAUGCAGGCCCAACAGCUCGGCCGCGAUGAAGGACCUCAGCGACCUGGUCGAGCGCAUCACCACGCCGGAGCCGAACUCGCUCGAGCCAGAGGCUGCCCUUGUUCGCCAGUUGGCCGUCGCGCUGGCAGAGACUGUGCGCUCGAGUCCGUCCGCCACCGGGCUGGGCGUGUGGACGUGCUCCUUUCACUGCGGUGGCAAGAAGAGUCUGGACGAGCGAUACGGCCCCGGCCGCUGGCCCAAAUUAGUCGCCCUCGCACGCGCCGUGCAGAUGGCGUCGGCCGCCCUCGCGCCCGGCAUCGGUCUCGAGCCCGCCUUCCUCGUGCUCGAGCGAUCUCCGAUCGAGUCUGUAAUAUCCUUCACCAAGCACCGCCACAUGAGGCGAGGCGCCCUGAAGGCCUUCGACAACAUCGCCGGCAUGACGCGCUUGAUGCGCGACCAGCGUGCGAUUCUGGAGAACGAGCUCGCGCUGCUGCUGCGCAUGUCUCGCGCGCCAGCCACGCCGGUGCGCAUUGCCGUCGCCAACUUCUCUGCGCCGCCGCUCGACGCCGCCGGCCUCGCCUGCCUUAUGCAGCUGUCGAGGGCGAGCGUGCGCGACGCGCUCGUCGCCACCGCCAUCUCCAGCGCCGCAACGCCAAAGUGGAUCAAGCUGAUGACGUCGGCCUCGCACGGAAGCGAGCUUAACGCCGCCGAGAGCGCGUACGUGCUGGACCAGCUAGGGCGCUCGGACGAGCAGCGCCAGCAGAGCGUUCUGGCGUCCCUCCCCUCGCUCAAGGCUUGGGCGGCGCGGUGCGCAGCCAGCACGGCGGAGACGGCGGCUGGCCGGAAGAAGGCGGCCGGGCCCGCCAGGAGCUGUCCCCUCCCGUGGUCGGCCACGCACGAGUGCACGCCUGCGACGCCGUGCCGAGGACCCUUCCCUCGCGUGCUGCACCUCCUCUGGCCGACGCGCGACUUUAUGUUUGCGGGCCACGCCGCCGAGACCGAGGAGGCGUUACGCCACGUCGGCCGGCUGCGCCAGCUCAACCCGGGCUGGGAGCUGCGCGUGUGGACCGACGAGGACUGCGAGCGGCUGAUGAGGAGCGCGAUGCCCGACCGGCUGCGCGCGUGGAGGGAUCUCACGCCCAAGAUGAAGCGCUUCGACGCCAUCCGCCCGCUCAUCCUCCACGUGUACGGAGGCAUCUACCUCGACGUGGAUGUCGAGUGCGCGCGGCCCUUCGACCCGCUGCUCGCGGACCGGCCGACCACCGCCCUCCUCCUCCGGGCGCCCUGGAAAGCGGCGAACUCGCACCAAAAGGGCCUAAAGUGCUUGAAGCUGCACGACCAGCGCGCGUGCGCGCCGGGGUGCGCCUCGCCGCCCGCCAUGGCGUCGGGCAACAAUCUGAUGGGCGGCGCCGCCCGGCACCCGCUGUGGCUGUACUACCUCGACCAGAUCUACGACCGGAAGCUGCCGCCGCAGGGCGGCGAGCUGGUGUCGGUGGCCACGCACACGGGCAACGGCGCCCUCGAAAGGGCGGUCUUCGCCUUCCUCGCGGACCAUCCCAGCCACCGGGGCAGCGUGCGGCUGCUCGCGGCGCACGAGAUGCAAAACACGCAGCUGGGGCAGGCCGACUGCGGGUACCUCGUCGGCGAAAACUACUCGUGCUCCAGGCUCGCGUGCAGGCACGUCAAGUCGCUCUCCCCCGUCGAGAUCCAGGUGGGGGGCGACGAUAACGCGGCGAAGCAGCGCAACCUGAGCCGGCUGAGGAACCUCCGCCUUAGGGGCGCGGCGGAGGGCGGCGGCGGCGGCGGCGGCGAGAGCGAGCUGCAGAAGCGGUUGCGGCGCUAUCGCAGCGAGGGGGGGGCGGGGGACCCGAGGGUCUCGGGAUUUGAUCGGGAGUACAUAUAA